UUUCUAUUUUUGUUUAUAUUUAAAUCUACAUGUUUAAAUUUCUGUUUGCCUGUUCAUUAAUCUGGACAGCCCACGCAGGUCUCCUGACCCUGCCUUGAACCCCUGCUGCGUUAAUAGCCUGUCCAGCGAGCACGGGGCGUGACGCGCAGGUUAGGUUACCUGUUGUGUCUCGCCGCAUGCCCGGGACAGCUCCUGAGGUACUGAGCUGAAGUGGUCCUAAUUCUCGCCUCUUAUUGGUUACGAGAUAGACGGCAGACUCCUAGAGACGCCGUUGAUUCGUUGGUUCACCCGCUCGUUCAGCGGAUUUCCUUCACAACAGAGAGAAAGCUGCAGCAGAGCCGGUGAGCUCAAUGUCACCGGGUACCGGAGAGGAUGGAUUUGGGAGGAAGGUCGGUAUACAUUGUCGCCACGGGCCCAUGAAGAUGCUCACCCAACAACCCCAGCCUGCAGCACAUUUGGAGCAUGAGUCAAGCAGCAGAUGAAGUAGGAGCUUCUGCGCACAUUAACAAGCUCUCAAGAAGAUACUGCACAGGUAACCACUCCAUGGCUGCACCCUGACACUAUCAUCUGUUCAUCCCCUCUGCCCAAGCCUCCCCCCUCUUAUCCAGCUCCUCCUCACCCUGUGGCCUAUUUAUACCCUGGAGACUCAAAGCAGUCUAUUAAAGCCCACGGACCUGUUCAGAAAAAGACACCAGUGAGCUUAAAUUCACCGUUUAUCUUGUCUCUGUGCUCGUCACCUUUUCCUGAACAUCCAUAAGUGAGGGAAAACUAAAACAUCAGCAAAUGCUUUAACCUUCAGAUUACAAGAUUUCGACAAGAACACUAAAGGAAUUACCUUCUAAAUGGAAAAGGAUCACACAUUCAAAGGAUGACUGCAGUCUACCCCUCUGAGAGUAGCCCAGAAGGGGCUGAAGCUGGGGCUCAGACAGCAGGCUCUAAGGGGUCAGGAGCAGGUGGAACCACCGGGACCAGCUCAGUAACUGGGGUCAAGAGCUUGGAUUCUCAUGGAGACUCGGUCCGAGGUUCCAUUGGAAGCACAGUCGCUUCUACUAGUAGCAGCCAAAGGAACGCCCGCUGGAGCCGGCAGGACAGCUCUGACAUAAACACGGAUGAUGAGGGAGCCACCGUCCGCCGCCUCACUCCCCUGGAAAGGCUGAACCUGGAUAUGUGCCAGGAUGAAAGGUUGGUCCGUGAGCUAACAGUGGGCAGAAGAAUCGGCUUCUACAAAAUUCACGGAGAGCUCGGGUGUGGAAAUUUCUCCCAUGUUAAGCUGGGAAUUCAUGCUCUUACCAAAGACAAAGUGGCCAUAAAGAUCUUAGAUAAGACCAAGUUGGAUCAGAAGACCCAGCGGCUGCUGUCCAGGGAGAUCUCUAGCAUGGAAAAACUGCACCAUCCCAACAUCAUACGCCUCUAUGAGGUGGUGGAGACUUUGUCACGUUUGCACCUAGUGAUGGAGUAUGCAGGAGGAGGGGAGCUCUACACCAAGAUUACUACAGAAGGAAAGCUUUCUGACACUGACAGCAAGUUUGUCUUUGCUCAGAUUCUUUCUGCUGUUAAACAUAUGCAUGAAAAUAACAUCAUCCACCGUGACCUGAAGGCAGAAAAUGUCUUCUACACCAACGGCUCUUGCGUGAAGGUGGGGGACUUUGGAUUCAGCACACUGAGCCGCCGCGAUGAGACACUCAACACAUUCUGUGGCUCUCCGCCGUACGCUGCGCCUGAACUCUUUAGGGAUGAGCAUUAUGUAGGCAUCUAUGUAGACAUCUGGGCCCUGGGGGUGAUGUUGUUUUUUAUGGUGACAGGCACAAUGCCAUUCAGGGCGGACACUGUGGCCAAACUAAAGCGGUGCAUCAUGGAUGGGGCCUACGUCAUUCCCUCUUGGGUGCCAGAUGCAUGCCAGAGGCUAAUCAGGGGAAUCCUCCAACCCAUACCAACUGACCGCUGUACAGUGGAGCAGAUGAUGGGCUGCGAGUGGUUGCUCCCUGUGGACCUCCCGCAUGCCAUGGAACCCUUUAAACUGGACCCAUCCUACCUGGCAGAGAGUGAUCCAUCAGAUCUCACGGAGGAAGAGAUGGAGAUAAAGUCUUCGCUGGAGGCACUGGGAAUCACCUCGGAACACAUCCUGAACAACCAGGGCAAAGACUGCAGGAGCUCCAUCACUGGUGUCUAUCGGAUUCUGCUACACCGUUUUCACAAGAGACGGGUUGUCGAAAGCAUUCCUGUGGUCAAACAGGCAGUCAGACCCACAGCAACAAGUAAAAAGGAACGACUAAAAGUGUACCGCAGUUUACGGCAGACAUCAAAACUCUGUGCAAUUCUGUGACAAAAUUCUUUGCUCCGGAAAUUUGAUUAAGUUAUGGACUUGGAUGCAUGGAUUUUAUUACAAAUAAAAAAUUAAAACAAGAAUAUUUUCAGUCCAGUAGUAUAAAUUGAAAUUAUGGUGUAUAACCCCACUCAAGUCCUGAAAUUGGUCUUUUCUUAUGUCUCUGUAGCUAUGUUGCUGCUGUCAUUGUCUGUUUUUUCUUGCAGGGACAGGAAAUCUCAAGAAAUUUGAAAUGUUCUGAAAUCUCAUUUAUCCAAGUCAACAUAGCAAUGAUUAGAUGGCAUGCAGAACUUAUUAUUUGGGUCAUGCAGGCCAUAUAUUUCUAAUUCACACUUGGCCUACGCUUAGUUGUGUUGUAACAACAAGCCCUAUGAGAAUCAGUGUAGCUUAUUUUUAUGAAGAGACAUAAAUCCACCAUAUUUUGUUGAAAAAGUGGCGAAACAUGCAGUAUCUACACGAAAUGUGUUUAUGUCUUAAAUGUUUAAUUGCACUUCUCCUUGAUGCCUUAGUUUUUUUUCAUCUGUUUAUGAAAUCAGACAGCCUGGUUUCAUUGUACUCCUUAAUGCUUGUGAUGAGAUAGUAAGUAGAGAUUUUACAUCUUAUAUAAUACGUCUCUAUGAGAUGUCCCUGCUCUUAGACUGGCUGACCUCGGUAUUUUCCCUGUGGCCUGAAAAAAUCCACUAGAUGACAUUAAGCUAUGACGACCAACUAACAGUUAGUAGUUCACAUGGCAAAAUAAAAUUUCAGUUUGGAGUGAAACAAUUCUGGUAAGAGUUUGAAUCUUUUUGUCUUUUUAUGAUUCCAUGUCCAUGCAAAUGUGCUGAAUGAAAUAAAUUUAAAACUAAAAAUGCUGCUA